AUGACUAAAGCGGUAUCCUUCGGCCAGAGAUUAAAAGGCGAGGCAGGAUUCUACACAAUCGCGAAACAGUUACAAGAUAAUGUGUGGCUAGCAUUCAAAGAGACCGUUGUGGUUAAAAGUAUCCGACACUUCCGUCUCCAAAACGAACGAGAUUUCCUCCUUCGUUUCCAAAACAGCGCCCCUUAUUUCCGCAGGUUUCUCGAUGAGAUUGAGGAUCCUCCAGGACAACCUGCGCUUAUCUUAAGACAUCUGGAUAAUGACCUUCUGCAAGAAUCUAACCAUCGAACACUUACAAGAGCCGAAGUCAAAUACGUCGCCAAGAGAGUGUUAAGUGCGUUGGGUGUUUUGCAUAGAGAUGAUAUAAAACCUAGUAUUGUAUUGAUAAAUUAUGGACAGAAUAAGACCCGUUUCAGCGAUAUCCAAAUGGCCGACUUCGGGAGCAUGGCUCAUCAAAACUUCCGCUACGCCCAGGAUAGAGAUCCUACUGGAACACCUAUUUUCCCGAGUCCAGAGGCACAGCUACAGAUGAGGUGGGGGACUGCAACGGACAUCUGGUCUUUUGGGGCAAUGGCAAGGCAAGGAUUCCAUAUCUUCAAACCUAAUCUCCCGGUUGAUAGCGACGAGUGUGAUCUCAAAAUACUCAUGAAACAUCACCAGUGCUUCGGGUCAUUUCCUGCCUCGUAUGAUGAGAUUGCCGAUCAAGACAGACUUGCUGUGCUUGUAUGGAUAAUGCAGAAUACUCCGCUAGAGACACCACGGCCCUUUCAUCUCAUAACUUCUCGGGAGAUUAGCCAGCAAGAUAUGGAGUUCGUGUUUAAGAUCAGGAAGCUUGAUCACAGGGAUAGACCAACUGCAGACUCUCUUUUUGGGGAUGGCUGGCUCUUGGCCGAGUGA